UCCUGCGGAAACACUUCACUUCUGGUGUGAAACUGGUUGAGCUGAAGGGCAUCUAAUAGAGGAACUCACAAACACACACACACACACACAACACCCCCACACACACAAACACCACUACACACUCCUGUUUGAAACACACAGGUUUAGUUCAACGCUUUCUUACAGGAGUUGAUGGUGUGUUCAGCCACAAUGACAGAGUGUUGUCAAACAGAUUUUACUGUUGAGGAGCAGAUGGAGCUUGAACGACUGAAGAUGCACAAACAGAUCCUGCUGGAGGAAAUUGAGAAACUAAAGAAUCAGAUUGAAAACGUCAUGGCAGACAUUCAGGACUUUAAAUCUGCAGAGGACAAUAAAACACUGGAGAGAGAGAAACGCUUGUGUAGUGGAAAGAAGAAGUUUAACAUGGACCCCAAGAAGAUUGAUGUGAUGAUUGUAUCUGUGUUUCAGGGAAUGAAGUAUCUUGUUGAGAAUGAGCUUUUGGUUUGGAAGGCAGAGCGAGUGGCAGAGUUUCUUUAUAAAGAGGAAGGACUGAAUAAGACGGCCAUCGGUGAUUUCCUGGGGGAGAGAGAGGACAUGAACCUGCAGACACUGAAAGCAUUUGUGGACCUUCAUGAGUUCUCACAUCUGAAUCUGGUUCAGGCAUUACGGCAGUUCUUAUGGAGUUUUCGUCUGCCAGGUGAAGCUCAGAAGAUCGACCGGAUGAUGGAGGCGUUUGCUACUCGUUACUGUAACUGUAACUCAGGUGUCUUUCAGUCAACAGACACCUGUUAUAUUCUGUCAUUUGCCAUCAUCAUGCUGAACACGAGUCUUCACAACCCCAACGUCAAGGACAAAACCCCAUUAGAGCGAUUCAUCAGCAUGAACCGAGGAAUUAACAACGGAGAAGAUCUGCCGAAUGACCUGCUGACGAAUCUGUACAACAGCAUUCGUAAUGAACCCUUCAAGAUCCCAGAAGAUGACGGAAACGAUCUGACGCACACAUUCUUCAAUCCUGACCGAGAGGGUUGGUUACUGAAACUAGGCGGGCGAGUGAAGACGUGGAAGAGACGCUGGUUCAUUCUCACUGAUAACUGCCUUUAUUACUUUGAAUUUACCACAGAUAAAGAGCCGCGAGGGAUUAUUCCUCUGGAGAAUCUGUGUGUAAGAGAAGUCUCCUUCCCUCGGAAACCGUAUUGUUUAGAGUUGUAUAACCCCAACAGCAAGGGUCAGAAGAUCAAGGCAUGUAAGACAGAAACAGACGGUCGUGUUGUUGAAGGGAAACAUCAGUCAUAUAUGAUCUGUGCUGGAUCAGCUGAAGAGAGAGAUGAUUGGAUAGAAUCAAUCAGGGCGAGCAUCACCAAAGAUCCAUUUUAUGAUCUGGUGUCGGUCAGAAAGAAGAAGGUCAUCAAUAAAGUGCCUGAGAAUUGAGACGGAUGAUGUGAGGUCAAAACGACAUCAUCUGUGAUUUACUGACCAUCCAGCACUGUCUCUCUCUGUCCGUGUGUAUUAUGAAGAGGAGUAAUAAUCUGAUCAUCAGCACAGUCAUGUGAUGUUAUUGAAAGAGACAUCCACUGAAGAAAUCAAAAGACUUUCUUAUAGUUUCAUUUUAAGAGUUAUUCUGGUGAAGUGACACAAACCAGUAAUGUGUCUCAGUGCUGUUGUGUUUCAUUCAGGUGGAUUUCAUCUAAUGCUGCACUAUCACACAUAUAAAGAAACUGCCGUGUAUUUAGUAUCAAAUGUUUUGAAUGUAAAAUAUUGUUGUACAUAUUAUGGAUCAUAUCAGAGUUGUUUUAUUUAAUUCAAAUUCCCAUAAUGGUUUUGUGUUGUUGUUGUUGUCAUUAAAGGUUAAGCGUGAGAAAUGAA